AUGCCGGGCGAUUGUGUGUCGUGGAGCAAUGGGAACCAGCUCCAGCUCUCCUACAUCGAGAAUGCUGUGGGAGGCGGUGGAAGAGUCACGGAGAUUCAUCUGGGAGAAGGAUGGGAUGCCGAGAGGCGGCGACUGGCGUAUGAUUCUCUCCCGGCUUUUGCUCUUCUCCAGAACCAGCGGCAAUUGGGCUACAACCCUGGCGACUGGUGGGAGCAUGUUUUAGAAUAUAGCGAGAGCAUUCGCAGCGUUCUCGACCAGCCCACCCAAGGCAAGGAGGAGAAGACCUCGAUGCUUAAGGCUGUGUGGGAGCUCAUAGAAGUUUUCUAUGUGGACAGAAGCGCGACAUGGUGGCUUCCGGAGCGUCUUGUAGACUGGCUAGCGAAGUAUGACAAAGUCCUCUUGAUUGAUGAGGACACUGUACAUUCCAAGGUAGUGUCGUUCCAGCGGAAGCUUUCCGAGAUUCAAUUUCCCGAAGACGAUGCAGCUUACUGGGAUGCAAUGGCCUCGGCCUUGUCAGUCGGAUGGCUUGACGUUGUUAUAGCGUUCUUGCGGAUGCAUGGAUCGUAUCGAUUGGAUCAGCUUGAUGACCGGCAGACUGAAAAUGGCCUCGUAGAAGCAGUUACACUGCUCAUUAUGCAAAUGCCGCGGCUGCGCCCAAGGCUCCCUGAUGAAAGUCCUGGUGUUGCUAUAGGUUUUAAGCCUGACUCUUCUAAGGCGAGGGAAAAAUGGCGAAGUCAGGUUUCCAAGCUUGAAAAUAGUGUGUUUUGGGCGGAAUGCAACCACCGUGGGACGCUUCUUGGUCUUAAGAAGCUAAUACAGGUGCUAUUGGGAAACGUUGAUGUUCUACAGCUCUCUACGUUUCACUGGAUGGAGCUGCUGGUGGCGCAUUUCCUACAUCUGAUACCUUUUUCUUUGGUCUUAGAUGGAAUGCGUAGCAUAGCUUCCAAGUGCAAAAGAUUGAAAAGUUCUGGGGACGAAGACCUUGAAGAACUUUUAUCUGCAAUUAUCAGCAACGACACCGAGAUACUCUUGGCGAAGUGUUCGAAGGUUUUCAAUGCCUGGAUGAUGGCGCAUGUUGAUGAUCUCCUGAUAGCAAAAGGGGAGGACGUUCGAUCUCUUCUUGAAGAAGACAGGCAAACUCUAGGCGGCUUGAGCUUGAAAGAACUCCAUCGUUUGGUUUAUUCUCAAGUACUGUCUUCGCACAGCUUAACCUGGCAGCUAGCACCUGUUUACCUCGCGGCUUGCCCAAAGCAAGGCCUGGGAAUGCUUGAAGCUCUCCUAAUGAAGCAGAGUUGUUCCAAUCAGAAACUGGCAUUGAAGGCACUAGAGAUAUGCCGCCUCUAUGAACUUGAUACCGUGAGCACAGCCAUCGCCAGGGCUGUUGGUGUUCAUAGUUUAAAGCAUGGAAAGAAGGGCCAAGGGAUAAUGUGGCUUCAAUUGGCCCGAGACGAGCAGAGGCUUUCUACUCUUGUGGAUCAGAUUUUGAACACAAUAACGUCUGGUGAAGCUGAUAGUCUGGAUAAUCUCGAGCAUUUUGAGGGUCUCUGUGACAUCCUUGGCUCGGGAGCAACGAAGCAUCAAGGCCUGUCGUUCCUAGCAAGGUACAAAAGCUUUAAGGCAGCGCUGCAAAACAUCAGAGAUCUGUGGCUUCCUACACCGAAAACCUCG